GACAAGGGCAACAGCAAGGGCAAUAACAAGAAGACACAGGGCGGGUGCUCGCCGACGUCCAACGACCAGCAGCAGAAGGACAUGACACCAUGGGAAGAGAUGGCUGUGGCUAAGCCAAGCUUACUGAACGUCCGCGCAGCUACAACCUCGGAAGUCCUCCAGGUCAAGGAGUACAACAAAGAGUUUGCGGACGCACGCCCGUACAUGGACGAGGAUGGCAGGAAGAGCUUCAUCAAAAAGAUCGCGGAGGGUAUCAGGAUCCUGAAGCAGCAGCUCAG